AUGGCGUUAACGAGUGCGGUCGCCAACGCUGCUGCCGCGGCUGCCGCGGCCGGCGCAGGCAAGAAGGCCGCGCAAGUCCAGUUACAGGCUGAGUUGAAUACGGAUGAUGAGUGGAACAAGUUUCUUACUAGAGAUGGAUUAUUGGUGGUGGACGUGUACUCGGAGUGGUGCGGGCCCUGCAUCGGCAUGGUGGGCAACCUCAAGAAGAUCAAGGUGGAACUGGGAGGAGACAACUUGCAUCUAGCCGUGGCCAAAUCAGACACCAUAGAAUGUCUAAAGAGGUUCAGGAAACGAAGCGAACCUACUUGGAUGUUCAUUGCGGCUGGACAACUCCUGAACGUGGUGUUCGGAGCUGAUGCGCCUCGCAUCGCACGCACCAUCGAGCAAGAACUCCGGAAUGAGGAGCUGGCCAAGAAGGGAGAGUUGGAGAGACCCAAGCGUGCUCCACAUGAACUCACCACUCCAGAACAGGAAGUGGCAAACGCUCAAGCGAAGAUCGAGGAGGAAAAGAAAGCCAAAGAAGCAGCAGCAAUAGAAGCCGCGAGAUUCGCGAGGCGGGAGGCAAGAGCCAAACGCAUGGAGAUGCACUUCAACGACAUCUGUCCCGCGCUGAUGCUGCCACACGCGCAGAAGCACUUGCGGAAGAUCACUGAUACUAUUGAACCUUUUGGAGUAAUUUUAGCAGACAAAUGCCCGAUCGUAGUAGGCAAGGAAGGCGCUAAGAUCCUGUCUGUGGAAGAGCCAGAGCUUGGUGAACCCAAUGCGGCGGCCGCGAUUAUUGAAAGGCCGUCAUUAGCACUGCUGUUUAAGAAGAUGCCUGAUAAAGAGGGGGAUAUUAUUGAGUUAACACGUCGGGCGCUCUGCGGGGACGGCCUGGCAGAAGACGACGACGCUCGCAAGAAGCUGCCUACAACAGAACUGCGCGAUGGCAACACCAUCGGACUGUACGUGCCGAAGGACCGGCAUGAGAGGGCUGCGGUACUCGAUGUGUUGUUCCCAAAGAUGGUAGGCGCAGUAGUGGAGCCAGCUCCCCCCAGCGCCCCUCCACACGUACUCCUAAUGUUCGGAGCCUGGCAGCGUCGAGCUGUGCUGAGCCUGGUGGGGCUGCCGCCGCUGGCUGCUCGGCUGUUGCGCUACGGGUUUUUUGCUGAUGCUAGCGUGGAGGAACCUAAGUUGUUGUGCAAGACUGUAGACCAGUAUGAGAUGAGGCCUGAGAAGGAUUACUGUGAAACCAUAGUCCUGAUGAUAGCAGUUGGCUUAGCAGAGCCUGAGCUAGCUGAACCCGAGGAGCUGUUCCCUGACGGUCCUCCAGAGGAACUCCUGACUCUUGGCCCUCUGCACGUGAGUGCAGACGCUGUGGUAGGGAGUGAGGAGUGUGCGAGGUUCUUCCCGCCAGGGUACAGCGAGCCGGAGAGGAAACCCAAGUCCAAGAGCAAGAAGAAGAAGAAGAGACGUCGUGCCAGCAAAGAAGAGAACGCAGAAGAGGCACCCGACCACACUCAGAGCACAGAGAACGGUGAAGCAGAAACCAAUGGGGACACGGAGAAUGGAGACGAGGGAGAGGAGAACGGAGAUGGAGAGGAGAAUGGAGAAGAUGGAGAAGAUGAGGAGAAUGAAGAACAGCAUGCGGAUAAGGCUACGUCACCACCACCGCCUACACCACAUUAGAUUAUUACGUCAUCUAGUUUAUUCGAUUAUUUUUGUGAUCUAUGUAUAUGUAUAGGUAUUUUAAGUUGUUAUAGGUAAUCGAUUAGUCUCUACUAAAUGUUAACGACGAAUUUAUUUGGUUUUUGCUUUUUAUUAAAUAGCAAUUCCUAUGUUUUAUGUUUAUUAAAAUACAUUGAUCCAACUUGAUACUGAAUUUCCGCACUAUGCUUCCAUAGUAUACAAAGUGUGUUGUAACUAAUCACAUUAAAUUAAAUACGUAAAUA